CUCACAGGCCGCUAGCUCGACUUGCUGGCUUGCGUGCUUUUGUUACGCGUCUGUUCUCUGCCCGCGCACCCAAGCGCUGUUCACAGCACGCCUGAACCGUAUCCAAUAAGCGGCGGCAGUCCGAGCCGCCAAGCUGUAGCUCUCUGUCAGCUGCAGCCACCACAGCACUCACAACACAAUCGCAGCGGCGCCCGCGAGCGACGACCCCACCACCACCGCGCCAGGAAGCCCGAGAAGCCGCCGAACAUCCACAGUAGAAGCCAUUGAGGAGACACCGCUCCUACAAACACCGCCGCGGCGCCGCCGCAGCAGCGGCACGCUGCUGACGAUGCCCUGCAUCUCGUUAGGAGACUGGCAGGCCUCGGAGACGCCGGGGUUUUUGUGGGACAAUGUUGCGGCCGGUGGCGUGUUAGCCACGAACGUCUUUUUUAAUAUUGCGGUGUUACGAUUAGCCACUUUGGCAGCAGGAUGCCCCGCGCCCGAGGACGUCGACGAGGACCAGGGCUGCUCGAACAAGGUGUACGGAUUAAAACCCUCAUCAUUCUUAACGACGAUAAUCAUGUGCGGGCAGUUCUCCGCGACGGCGCUCAUGCCGUUGGUCGGCGCCGCGGUCGACUACACGUCGAAAAGGCGCCAUUUAGGCGCCACGUCGGCCUGGAUUCUAUGCUUUACGACGCUAGGGCAAGCAUCCAUCUCGAAACAAACCUGGUUCUACUGUUCGAUAGGCAUGGCGCUGUCCAUCGCGUCGUACGUCUGCCAUCAAGUCUCGGUGCUGUCCUACCUACCAGGAUUGAGCAUGGUAAAACCGACGGAGCACGGCUGGGUUGAUGAUCCACAAGAAAGAUAUAAGAUCAAUUCCGUGGCGAACGCCGCCGCGCUAGCUACCCAAUUGUCGAUCACUUUAUUCGUCUCGAGCGUCGCCUUCUGGUUCGAUCUAGGGGAUACGGCGACGGCGGCCGUCGCGCAAGGUAUUGUUGGGAGUUUGCUGUUUGUGGUCUACGCCUGCGUCUGGACGGGUAGAAGAGAUCUAGUCAGUUGCGCCUUCCGCGACCACGCGCCGACCAAAGUCUUACCAGAAGGUGCCUCGUUAUUCUUAACUGCUUUAAAUGAGGUCUGGAACAGCUGGACGACGCUGAAACGACGACGGCCGGCGGCGAGGUUCUUCUUGAGCGGGUACGCGUGUGCCGCCGCCGGCAUGGGCUCCUUCGGGAGUCUGAGUGUCGUGUUCAUGCACGAUCGAUUGCGGGUCGAUGGUUCUACAACGGUCUUAGUGAUGGCGCUCUGUGUUGUGUUUGCCGUGCCGGCGUCGGCGAGCGCACCGAGGUGCAUGCGAUAUCUCGGAGCGCGCAAGACGUUGAUAUGUACCAUAGCAUAUAUGGUUUUGACAACAAUACUGGCGGCGUUCGUAUUGUGCGGGCCGGCGUGUCGAGAUCGGGUCUGGUUGUUCGCGCCGAUCUGGGGCGUGGGGUUCGGCGUGUUCUAUGCCGCGAACAACGCCGCGUGGACGGAACUGGUCCCGCCGGACGCGGUCGCGCAGUUCAUGGCGUUGUACUACUUCGCGGCGCAAAUAUUAAGCUGGGCGCCGCCCCUAGCUUAUGCGGUCCUGAACCAGGUGUACGACGACUCGCAGCUGGCGCUGUUCGUCACAGCUGCCUGGCUCGCGCUGUCGCUGCCGUUCCUGCGCAUGGCGGGGGACCUGCAGGGGGAGAAGGAGGCGCUGAUCCGGGACGCCUCCUCGGAGGCGUUGCCCUAAGUAUAUGUG